AUCCCUGAGGAACGGGAAACCCCUUCCCGGUGUUUUGUAUUCCCAGACCCUUUUCCAGAGCCCGGACGAGGGUUGGCAGGUUUUCACCUCGGCCCAGGCUCCCGACGGGAAGUGUCUCUGCACCGCCGUCAUUCCCGUCCAAGGAUCCUGCUCCCGGGAUCUGCGCAGCCACCAGCUCCGGCUCCUCAUGGAAAAGGUGCAGAACAUCUCCCAGUCCAUGGAAGUCCUGGAUCUCCGGACGUUCCGGGACCUUCAGUACGUGCGGAACACGGAGACGCUGCUGCGGGGCCUGGACUCGGAGCUGCGCGGGGCCACUGAGGGGCAGAGGACGCUCAGCGCCCGCACAUUCCAGGAGCUGAAGCAGCGGAUGUCGGAGCUGCUCCCGCUGAUCCCGGUGUUGGAGCAGUACCGCUCGGACUCGCGGCUCAUCGUGCACCUGAAGGGGGAGGUUCGGAACCUCUCCGGGUCCCUCCUCUCCAUCCAGGAGGAAAUGGGAGCCUUCGACUACGAGGAGCUGCAGCAGCGGCUGCUCCUGCUCGAGGCCCGGCUGCACGCCUGCAUCCAGAGGCUGGGCUGUGGGAAGCUGACCGGGGUCAGCAACCCCAUCACCAUCCGGGCCUCGGGAUCCCGCUUCGGCUCCUGGAUGACGGACACGAUGAGCCCCAGCUCCGACAGCAGGGUGUGGUACAUGGACGGCUACUACAAGGGCCGCCGGGUGCUGGAGUUCCGCUCUCUGGAGGAUUUCGUGGCGGGGCAGAACUUCGUGCAGCACCUCCUUCCCCACCCCUGGGCGGGCACGGGGCACGUGGUGUUCAACGGCUCCCUCUUCUACAACAAGUACCAGAGCAACGUGGCCGUCAAGUACCACUUCGGCUCCCGCAGCGUCCUGGUGCAGCGCAGCCUCGCCGGCGCCGGCUACAACAACACCUUCCCCUACUCCUGGGGCGGCUUCUCCGACAUCGACUUCAUGGUGGACGAGGGGGGGCUGUGGGCCGUCUACACCACCAACCAGAACGCCGGGAACAUCGUGCUGAGCCGGCUGGACCCGCAGAGCCUGCGGGUGCUGCGCAGCUGGGACACGGGGUACCCCAAGCGCAGCGCCGGCGAGUCCUUCCUCAUCUGCGGGACCCUCUACGUCACCAACUCCCACCUGGCCGGCGCCAAGAUCUACUUCGCCUACGACACCAACAGCUCCAGCUACGAGUACACGGACAUCCCC